AUGGCGCCGGUCCUGCUGCGAGCCUUGUCGUCCUCUCUCUUGGUCGGCGCGGUUCUAAACUGCCACGCGACCGAUGCAGGGGGUGGACUGUCGGUCGAUCCGGAGACAAUCAUCACCAUUCCGGAAAAGGGACUGGAAGCGGACGAUCAGAAAAUUGUCUGGCUGGGGCCGUCCCAGGCACUACGCAUCGUCGACUCCUCGAACGCAGCCAUAUUUCUACCCCAGCACUCUACUGAGAAUCCUUCGCCGACGCCUUCAUCUGAGCAAAUGAACGCCGUCGCGUAUCCGUUUGAGAACGGAGCGUGCGACUUCAAAACGGUUGUGGAGUACAAAAAGUUAUUUCCUGCGUAUGAGGAGCCACUGUGGGUCCGCAACCCGGCUUCGGCGCAGAUGGCUGCUGGGGAAGGCUCUCCUGCGCCGGCGGCGAAUUACACGUUUACGAAUCCUCCCGCCGAUGCAUUGAACGGGGCAACGAGUUUUUGCGUGAGGUUCGUGUUUAAGCCGCCCAAACAUCACGAAGCGGGUCGACCUGCAGGAACUGGUCCUGCAUCAGAUGAAUCAACUGCAGGCCACGGCAACCGAAGCGUUCGCAAGGGGGAGGGCGACAAAGAUGUCGAUACUGGUCCGAGACACCCCGGCAGCGCAAGUCAGCAGAAUCAGUCCCGGGCAGUUUUGCCUGGUAAGGCAAGAAGAGCGGUUUCUCACGGGGAAGGCGUAGGUGCGAGUGUGGAGUCGGGAAUCGGUUCGUCGGGUGUGCCGAAACCCCUCCCUGAGCCCGCAGAGAAGGAAGAAGACCCCGGGAAGGCAGACGGCGAGCACAACACAGUUGCGCAGACAGCACCAGCUCCUCCAGCACCUCCGUCCCUCAUUCCGUCCGUCGUGGGGAACGCUGAAGAGUCCCUACGCAGGGACCAAGGUGAGAAAAACCAGGCAGAGAGUCUCGAUCCUGCGGGCGUGCCAGACGGCAAACUGCCCGGUCCGCCCUCCCCGACCCUCAGCAAUCCGGUAUCAGGAAAGCAGGAUAGCGAACAUGCCAACGGGCUGGCAGCUGCCCACGGCUCUGGCGGCCUGGCCUCCAACGAUCCCGUUGGCUCCAGGGCAGAGCAGGACGCGCAGGACGAAGAGGAAAGGGCGAAAAAGGUCGAGGCCCCCGAUACCCGAAAGCGAGCCGCGCGCCUGAGGAGGCUCUCGGAAGCGACUACCGCAAACGAGAAAUACCUGACCAUUAUAGUGCACUCUUCUGCGUGGAGUGUUGCAGGCAGACUGGCAGCCGCUUCGAUUUUUGCCACUGCCGCUUGGCUACUGACAACGCUGUAG